GAGAGAGAGAGUUACAGAGCAGCCAUAGCAGAACGUGGAGAGAGCACACGCCGGCGAGUAGGCGGCACACGAACGGCAGCCGCCCGCACGCGACCUCCCAUGCCCUCCUCGCUCACUCCCUUUUCCCCUCCUUCAUUUAUACUCCCCCGCUCCCCCUCCGCCUCUCACCCCCAUCCUCCUCAUCGUCGCCGCCGUCUUCAUCAUCUUCUCUCUCUCUCUCUCUCUCUCUCUCUCUGGAACUUUCUCGGGAGUCCAUCGGAAGAAUUCGAUCGCGAAGAAGCGUUUCGGGGGGGCGGCGGCUGCCGAGAAAUGGCGGUGGAGAAGAGGAGGGGCGACGGCGGCAGAGGAGGAGGAGGAGGCGGAGGAGGAGGAGGAGGGUGGAGGGAGCUGAGGCCGCUGGUGCAGCUGCUGCUGCCGCUGUGCGUGCACUGGAUCGCGGAGGAGAUGACGGUGUCCGUCCUCGUCGACGUCACCACCUCCGCCCUCUGCCCCGGCCAGUCCACCUGCUCCCAGGCCAUCUACAUCAACGGCAUCCAGCAGACGGUCGUUGGAGUGUUCAAGAUGGUGGUACUUCCACUCUUGGGUCAGCUUGCAGACGAAUGUGGGCGUAAACCAAUGCUCCUUCUAACCCUAUCGACUACCAUCUUCCCUUUCGCUCUUCUUGCCAUGAAUCAGUCGAAGGAAUUUGUGUAUGCUUACUAUGCGAUCCGCACGAUUUCUUACAUCAUAAGUCAAGGCAGUAUAUUCUGCAUUUCCGUUGCAUAUGCGGCUGACGUCAUCGAGGACAGCAAGAGAGCUGCGGCAUUUAGUUGGAUAACGGGUCUUUUUUCUGCUUCUCAUGUCCUCGGAAACGUGCUGGCUCGUUUUCUUCCGGAGAAGUACAUAUUUGAUGUUUCCAUAGUGCUGCUGAUAUUUUGCCCAGUUUACAUGCAACUGUUUCUGAGCGAGACAGUGAAAUCUACUCCGAAGCAGGACCCGGAUUCAUCGAGUUUGGGUAAGAUAGUGAAGAUUUUGCAUAAGAGAUACAAGUCAAUGAGAAAUGCAGCAACAAUAGUAGUAAGCAGCCCUGCGCUUAGAGGCAUAUCUCUCGUUUCUUUUUUCUAUGAAUUGGGAAUGUCGGGUAUCAGCAGUGUAUUACUGUACUAUCUCAAGGCAGCUUUUGGCUACAACAAGAACCAAUUCUCGGAAAUCCUUAUGAUGGUGGGGAUAGGUUCAAUAGUUUCUCAGAUGGUGGUGCUUCCUCUACUCGUACCUCUGGUCGGGGAGAAAGUGAUACUAUGUACAGCCUUACUCUCAUCAAUUGCAUAUGCACUGCUGUAUGGAUUUGCAUGGGCACCAUGGGUACCUUACCUGAGUGCCUCUUUUGGAGUGAUCUACAUACUUGUCAAACCCUCGACGUAUGCUAUUAUUUCGAAAGCAUCAACUUCGGCUGAUCAGGGAAAGGCGCAGGGAUUCAUUGCUGGUGUGCAGUCCAUAGCGAGCUUGCUGUCACCUGUCGCCAUGAGUCCAUUAACUUCAUGGUUCCUCUCCGGGAAUGCUCCCUUCGACUGCAAGGGCUUCAGCAUCGUUUGUGCAUCAAUUUGCAUGGUAAUAGCUCUGUGCCAUGCUUGCCUGCUCAAACCGGAAGACAGCCCGAGCCAGGACACGCCCAACCCAGAGGACCUGGAAGCUCCGCUCUUGCGCGACGCUCGGUGCUCGAGCUGAGAUCGAGAACUCGAGACCACCCCAACUCUACAGCUAAUUAGAGCCUUCUUGUCUGUAGAGGCAGGUGUGCAACUAUAAACAUAUCCCUUGAGUAUAGCAACCACCUCUCUUGUCAAUUUUGCUGUAACUUCCAUCUUCUUUUUUGGUUCUUCUUUCUCUCUUUGUGGAGGAUGGAACUAUCAAAUUUAUUGAAUCUUCCUGGUUUUAGU